CGCGACUUCCCUAGUUGGACUCGGUGAAGAUGUACUUUCAGUUCAAGUGCGGUGAGAGAGAAAGAGCGAGACUAGCGAGAGUAGUUUGGCUACAGCCAAGCUAACGACGGCAGUUCCACAGUUGUUAGUUGGUGUACCCUAGUAAUUGGAAUUUGAUCUAUCCAUGGCCUUCUCCUCCGGCACCGGCAAUAGCCGACGGGGAGGAUGGGCCAACUCUCUCCUCCCAUAUUCAUCUAAUUCAACCAAAUCGAAGCUUCCCAGGAAGUCCCGGCGGCGAGUGACUGUUCGUGAUUUCAUCUUUGCUAACUUCUUCACUAUUGGCCUCUCGAUCUCUGUUCUUUUCUUCAUCGCUAUCGUCUUCCGCUAUGGUAUCCCAAAACCUCUUUCAACUCCUUUCAGACCCAGAAAUUUCCGUCAGUCCAAGUUCAGAAAACCAAUUAAUCGAAAGCCCGCCUUGUUGGAGGGCGGAAAUGAGGUCGCUUCCGCUGCUGUUGUCGAUAUCACGACUAAGGAUCUAUAUGAUAAGAUCGAGUUCCUGGAUGCGGAUGGAGGCCCCUGGAAGCAGGGUUGGAGGGUGACUUACAAGGGCGAUGAGUGGGAUUCAGAGAAGCUGAAGGUUUUUGUGGUUCCGCAUUCACAUAAUGAUCCUGGUUGGAAGCUCACUGUCGAAGAGUACUACAGCCGGCAGAGCCGGCAUAUAUUGGAUACAAUUGUAGAGACUCUGUCCAAGGAUGACCGCCGCAAGUUUAUAUGGGAGGAGAUGUCAUAUUUAGAGAGAUGGUGGAGAGAUGCCUCAGAGGCUAAAAGAAAAACUUUCCGCAAUUUAGUCAAUAAUGGGCAGUUAGAAAUUGUUGGCGGUGGUUGGGUGAUGAAUGACGAGGCUAAUUCACAUUAUUAUGCGAUAAUUGAGCAGAUGACAGAAGGCAAUAUGUGGUUAAAUGAUACCGUUGGGGUUGUCCCAAAAAAUGCUUGGGCUAUAGAUCCAUUUGGUUACUCACCUACCAUGGCAUAUCUGCUCAGGCGUAUGGGUUUUGAGAACAUGCUUAUACAGAGGACCCACUAUGAGCUGAAGAAGGAACUUGCUCGACAUAAGAAUUUGGAAUACAUAUGGAGACAGAGCUGGGAUACCGAGGAAACUACUGAUAUUUUUGUCCACAUGAUGCCUUUUUAUUCCUAUGAUAUUCCACAUACGUGUGGGCCUGAGCCUGCUGUUUGUUGUCAGUUUGACUUUGCACGAACGCGUGGCUUCUCUUACGAGCUCUGCCCAUGGGGACAACAUCCAGUUGAAACCAAUCAGGACAAUGUGCAGGAGCGAGCACAGAAACUAUUAGAUCAGUACAAGAAAAAGUCAACUUUAUUCAGAACAAACACUCUUCUCAUUCCUCUUGGGGAUGAUUUUCGUUACGUCAGCAUUGAUGAAGCAGAAGCUCAGUUUAGAAAUUACCAGUUGUUGUUUGAUUAUAUCAAUUCUAAUGCCAAUCUGAAUACUGAAGUGAAGUUUGGUACUCUGGAAGAUUAUUUCCAAACACUUCGUGAGGAGGCAGAGAGAAUUAAUUAUUCCCUUCCUGGUGAGGUUGGCUCUGGACAGGUUGCUGGCUUUCCCUCAUUAGCAGGUGAUUUUUUUACAUAUGCUGAUCGCCAACAGGAUUACUGGAGUGGCUACUAUGUUUCUAGGCCUUUCUUCAAAUCUGUUGAUCGCGUAUUAGAACAGACACUGCGAGCAUCAGAAAUGAUGAUUGCAUUAUUACAAGGAUACUGUCAGAGAUCGCAAUGCGAAAAGUUCACCACUAGUUUUUCCUACAAGUUGACAGCUGCAAGGAGGAAUCUAGCACUUUUCCAGCAUCAUGAUGGCGUCACUGGCACGGCGAAGGAUCAUGUAGUAGUCGAUUAUGGAACACGGAUGCAUUUAUCUCUACAGGACCUGCAAAUUUUCAUGUCUAAAGCUGUUGAAGUACUGCUUUAUAUCCGCCAUGAGAAAUCAGACCAGAAUCCAUCUUUGUUUGAGCCAGAGCAGGUGCGAUCAAGGUAUGAUGUCCAGCCAGUGCAUAAAAUAAUCAGCCCUCCAGAAGGCAGUGCACAGUCGGUGGUCUUCUUUAAUCCCUUGGAGCAAACAAGAGUUGAAAUCGUGAUGGUUAUUGUUAACAGGCUAGAUGUAACUGUUUUAGAUUCAAAUUGGUCAUGUGUGGAAAGCCAAGUUUCUCCAGAGUGGCAGCACAACAAAGGCAAACUUUUCACCGGGAGGCAUCGUCUUCAUUGGCAAGCUUCCGUUCCUGCCAUGGGAUUGCAAACCUACUACAUUGCUAAUGGAUAUGUUGGAUGUGAAAAGGCCAAACCGGCUAAACUUAAAAUUUUUGCGUCUUCCAAUGAUUUACCUUGUCCUACUCUGUACCCUUGCUCAAAAUUAGAUGGUGAUAUGGCAGAAAUCAAGAACAAUCAUCUGACACUUACCUUUGAUGCCAAACUAGGUUUGUUGCAUCAAAUGAACAAUAAGGAUGGCUCAAAAACAGUGGUGGGAGAAGAAAUAGGUAUGUACACUAGCCCAGGAAGUGGUGCCUACCUGUUCAAACCUGAUGGUGAGGCUCAGCCAAUUGUUCAAGCUGGUGGGCAGAUUGUAAUAUCAGAAGGACCUUUGAUGCAAGAAGUUUACUCUUAUCCAAAGACAACAUGGGAUGAAACCCCCAUCUCCUAUAGCACUCGAAUCUACAAUGGAGAGCACACUAUUCAGGAAUUUCUCAUAGAGAAGGAAUAUCAUGUUGAGCUUCUUGGUGAGGACUUCAAUGACAAGGAGUUAAUAGUUAGAUUCAAGACACAGCUUGACAACAGACGGGUUUUCUAUUCUGAUUUAAAUGGUUUUCAGAUGAGCCGGAGGGAGACAUAUGAUAAAAUCCCUCUGCAGGGAAAUUAUUACCCAAUGCCCUCCCUCGCAUUCAUGCAGAGUCUGACUGGCCAACGGUUCUCUGUCCAUUCUCGGCAAUCAUUGGGUGUAGCAAGCCUUAAAAAUGGCUGGCUUGAGAUUAUGUUGGACCGCCGUCUGGUGAGAGAUGAUGGCCGUGGUCUUGGACAAGGAGUCAUGGAUAACCGUCCAAUGAAUGUUCUGUUUCACAUUCUGAUAGAAUCCAAUGUCUCUUCAACAGCAGAUCCGGUUUCUUCACCUCUUCCCCUCAAUCCCUCACUUCUGUCUCAUUGUGUUGGGACCCACUUGAACUACCCAAUGCAUGUAUUCACCGCCAAGAAACCACAGGAAGCAUCCAUGCAGCUCCCACCUAGAUCCUUCUCCCCUUUGUCUGCUUCCUUGCCCCAUGAUUUUCAUAUUGUGAGUUUCAAGGUUCCACGGCCUUUAAAGUAUUCUCACCUGCUCCAUGGGGACUCCAGAUUUGUUUUAAUAAUACAGAGGCGACAGUGGGACUCUGCAUACUACUGUCAGAAGGGCAGGCCCCAGUGCUCAAUUAUGGCCGAUGCGCCUGUUAAUCUGUUUUAUAUGUUUAAAGAUCUUGCAGUUUUGAAUGUGAAAGCAACUUCCUUAAAUCUCUUACAUCAUGAUACAGAAUCACUUGGGUACAUUGAGCAGAUGGGAGAUGUUGCACAAGAGGGACAUGUUAUUAUGUCACCCAUGGAAAUACAGGCUUACAAAUUGGAAUUGAGGCCCCAGCAAUGAAUUUUAAAUACUGCUUGACCUGCUCUUUCUCAUUCCUCUCUGGCUUUGGAUUGCAUUUGAGCUCCGAAAUAUCUGUUGAAUGAGCUUGUUUAUUUGAUCUUCUAAGUGGCUGAUCCUAAGGUCGGUCAGAAGGGAUGAAUUCCAGCUUCAAGAGAAGCUAGCUAAAUUGCACAUUGUUGUGGAAUAUCUUAUCCAGUUGAAGCUGCAGUGGGCUGGGCAAGUAGUGGCAACUGUAGGGCCUUGUCAGGUUUGUUAAGAGGCUGGCAAUGAAGUAUGGGAUGGUUUGCUCAGUUCAGCUCCACAGGAAUGUGAUCGCUUUCGCAAUACAGAUAUGCCCCUCCCCCCUCUUUUGUUUGGGGAGCUGACGACUGCAUUGGCCUUACACUCUGUAAGAUGGUCCUAAUGUUAUAAUCUUGUUUUGUUCAGGUAGUUGACUGCUUCAUUGAAAACGUUCCUAAGUAAUACUGAAAGUGCUGUAAACAAAUAUAUUUAUUUUGGUGCACAGAAUAAUAAAUGGGACUGGGCAUGAGUUUUCCUGGA